AUGGAAAAAUCCAAUGGUGGCCAUGACAAUACCGAUUUUGACCCUAGUGCUCUUCCACCAUUUAAGAUAGCUGAAAUUAGAGCAGCUAUUCCAAAACAUUGUUGGGUGAAGAACACAUGGAAAUCUCUAAGUUAUGUUCUUAGAGAUGUGUUAAUUGUUGCUGCAUUGAUUGUAGCUGCAAUUAAAUUUGAUAGCUGGUUUUUUUGGCCAAUUUAUUGGCCUCUUCAAGGGACAAUGUUUUGGGCAAUUUUUGUUCUUGGACAUGAUUGUGGCCAUGGAAGCUUCUCAGAUAGUUCUAUGGUGAAUAGCUUAGUGGGCCAUAUUUUGCAUUCUUCAAUUCUUGUUCCAUACCAUGGAUGGAGAAUUAGUCAUAAAACACAUCAUCAAAACCAUGGAAAUGUUGAGAAGGAUGAAUCAUGGGUUCCAUUGACUGAAAAGGUUUACAAGAAUUUAGACACCAUGACAAAAUUUGUGAGAUUCAGUUUACCUUUGCCAAUGUUUGCAUAUCCAAUUUAUUUGUGGAGAAGAAGCCCAGGAAAAUCAGGAUCACAUUUUCAUCCAUACAGUGACUUGUUUUCACCCAAUGAGAGAAAAGAAGUGAUAGUUUCAACGAUAUUUGUCAUGUGGUUGGAUUUUGUCACAUACUUACAUCACCAUGGUUAUACACAGAAGUUACCAUGGUACCGUGGCAAGGUAAACCUUCAAUAG